AUGUUUGAAAGCAUGCUGACAAUCGAAAUCGCAGUGCUAUCAGCAUUGGCGAUAUGCUGCUUCAUCUACCAAACUCUUUUCAAGCCCAGUAACUUGCCGGACCUUGCUAUCGCUGGUGCAAAAGAGGGCGACUGGCUCCCCUACAUGCAAGCCAAACUACGCAACACCGUGGAUGGCCAGAAGGCUGUUUUCUCGGCAUACAAGCAAUGGCCCCAACAACCCUACUUUCUUCCAUCCUUUGGUGCGAUCAAAGGGAUGGUAGUUCUGCCAAAAGACUGGAUAAAGUACAUCAUAUCCCAGCCCGACCACGUCCUUAACCUAUACGACAUCGGCCUCGAGACGCUGCAAUUCGAAUACGCCUUUCUCGAUAACAGAUUCCACGAUCCCCCUCUACACAUCAGUCUCAUCGCCAAGGCCUUGACAAAGAAUUACGGCAAUUUGAUCCCUGAUUUGGUGGAGGAGGCGGAGCUGGCCUUUACCGAGCAAUGGGGUCGUUCGGACGAAUGGACCGCCGUCAAGGUUUACGACACAACACAGCAGAUGCUCGGCUUGAUAACAAACAGGGUGACGUACGGCUUGCCCCUGAGCCGUGAUGCAGAAAUGAGAAAAGUGACGAUGGAAUUUGUCCGGAGAUCUUUUGUGGCCGGCUGCCUGCUGCACAAUGUUUGGAGACCUUUACGCCCUGUGGUCGCACCGUUGAUCACACUGCCGCACCGUUUCUCUCUACGCAGAUUCCGCAAGCUUAUCGUGCCUGAAGUUCAACGGCGGCUUGCCGAUCUGAACCGCGGCGAGACAAAGGGCCAACGAGACGACUUUGUACAGUGGGCCAUCCAGCAGGCCAAAGAACUCGACGACCCAUACUAUUCCAAACCGGAGGUGCUGGCCAGCCGUGCCCUUUUUGCAAACUUUGUCUCGAUCCACACGUCGACCUUCAGCCUCACGCAUGCUGUCCUGGACCUAGCGGCAGCCGGGCCCGAGGUGCAGGAAGAGAUGCGGCGGGAGGUCGUUUCGGUGCUUGCUUCGUGCAACGGCGAAUGGAGCAAGAGGGCACUGGCCAACCUGUACAAGACCGAUUCUUUCCUGCGGGAGUCGGCGCGCCUCAAUACCUUCAUGAGCGUCGCCGGCAACCGCUUAAUCACAGCCCCCGAGGGCCUGGCGCUGCCCAAUGGCCAAGUCCUCCCCAAGGGCACGCCCAUCAUGUUCCCAGCCGCUCCGGUCAUGGUCGACGAGACUUACUAUCCGAACCCGCUCGAGUUCCGGCCGUUUCGGUUCGUCCCCAAGGCCAAAGACGGCGGCGACGGUGACGAGAAGACGGGCGUCCGAGACGAAGGGCGCGCGCGCACGGCCUUUUCCUGCACCUCCACCGAGUACAUGGCCUUCGGUCACGGCAAGCACGCCUGUCCGGGGAGGUUCUUUGCUGCAGCCGAGCUCAAGCUCAUGCUUGCGCACGUCCUGCUCGAGUAUGAGCUUGAAAAGAUUGAGAGGCCGGUGGGCACGUGGUAUGGCAUAAUGCGAAUUCCGCCAAUGAGCUACGAGCUCAAGAUCCGUAGGCGCAGCAACGUGUGA